AAUUAAUCAGUCUAUCAGUCAAACCAAAACGUCAUCGGCACAUAAACGUUAGUUUUCUGGAAAAUGGCAUUUUUAAAGUUUUUCGGUGCAUCUUUAAACACGUUAAAUAUGUUAUUAAUUAUAGUUACAUUAUCGGCCGUUCGUAUAGUUGAUGCUUCAAGGGCAGAAUUUGUGACAUGCGGUAGUAUCGUAAAGUUAAUGAACACAGAUUUACGUUUGCGGCUUCAUUCUCAUGAUGUGAAAUAUGGUUCGGGAUCUGGUCAACAGUCUGUGACUGCAGUCGAUGUAUCGGACGAUCAUAACAGCCAUUGGCUAGUGAGAGCAGCAAUGGGUGAAACUUGCAAGCGAGGAGUACCUAUAAAGUGUAAUUCCAAUAUCCGAUUACAACAUGUAUCAACCAAAAAGAACCUGCAUUCUCAUUACUUUUCAUCACCCCUGUCAGGACAUCAGGAGGUGUCCUGUUAUGGUGAUGAUGAGGGUGAAGGAGACAGCGGUGAUAAUUGGACUGUAGUCUGCAACAAUGAUUUCUGGAGACGAGACACUCCUGUCAAAUUGAAGCAUAUUGAUACUUCUGCAUUUCUGGCAGGUUCUGGCAGAACAUUCGGAAGGCCAAUUAGUGGUCAGGGUGAAAUAGUCGGGGUUACCUCUCAGUACGGAGCAUACACUGAUUGGCAAGUUCAAGAGGGACUCUUUGUACAUCCGAGUGAUGCAUUACCUCACAUGCAGCAACACAUACAUACAGAGUUAUAAUUUAUAAUUUAAUAUAAGUAGUAAAAUAGUUUGUGCUUGUAAAACUUGGAUAUAUUACAAAUAUGCUACUAUAACAAGUGAAACACAAUUAAAUUUAAAUAUGAUUUGAUUCUGUGGUAGAAUUUUGUAUAUAAAUGAGUAUUUAUAAUAGUUACUUUGUUUUAUUUUAUAAUUUAUUGUUAGUUUAAAAUAGCUGAAUGACUUGAAUUCAGUUUUGUAUUUAUGCUACAAUUGUAAUAAACCAAAUUUCUUUUUUUUUGUUAUAAACAGUUCCUUUAUUUAUAUAUUGUAUAAUUUUAUAAAUAUAAAUGAAAUACCA